AUGCGAAGCACCAUCCCCUCCACUAUCUCGGCCCUGGCCCUCGCUAUCUGCCUAGGCGUGGCCGGGGCCUUGGUAUCGGCCGCGGAAGGAGGCCAGGCCGGCGGGGAGACGCGCGUCCCCCUCGUCGCGCGCAGCUUCAUCGUCGAGUACCUCCCCUCCGGCUCGUCGGCCAAGCACCGGCGCCAGACGGCCGCCAUCGCGUCGGCGGACGGCACCAGGAUCGUCAAGAACUUCGACAGCGGCGUCUUCUCGGGCGCCAGCAUCGAACACGUCCAACUGGCGCCCCUCGUGGACCGGCGCGCCGCAAAGGUCGAGGAUGCCGACAACAUCACGUCUCACAAGGUUACUGGCGUCACCAAGUUGCACGCCCAGGGCAUCUUUGGCAAGGGCGUCAAGGUCGGCGUGGUUGACACGGGCAUCUGGUACAACCACCCUGCUCUUGGUGGUGGUUUUGGGCCGGGUUUCAAGGUCGCCGGCGGUUGGGAUUUUGUGGGCGACGGUGUUUGGCCUAUCAACAACGACCCCAAAGUGCACGAUGACGACCCCAUCGAUAUGGCUGGCCACGGCACGCACGUUGCUGGCAUUAUCGCGGGAGCAACUGAGGGCUGGACCGGAGUCGCCCCUGAGGUGGAGCUGCAUGCCUACAAAGUCUUUUCCACCUCUGGUGGCACCGACACGGCCACUCUCAUUGAGGCGUUCCUCAAGGCGUACCAAGAUGGAAUGGACAUCAUCGCUGCCAGUAUCGGUGGUCCCAACGGCGGGGCCGCCCCCGCCACCUACAAGUUCUCGACCCAGCCGGCCGCGGGCGUCGACACGCUCACGCUGGGCAUCACGUACGGCGGGCCGGGCAUGGCGCCGCGCAUCAAGACGUUUGUCCAGUUCGAACCGCGCCCGUACGAGCCCGAGGUCCACCUGCCGCGCGACUUUACGCUGGGGCCGGGCGAAUCCAAAAAGGUCACGGUCAACUUUAAGAACCCGGAUACGCUGGGCUGGAACGAGUCAAACCUGCCGCUAUACGGCGGCAAGGUGGUCGUCGCGGGCAGCAACAGCGAGAUCUUGUCGGUCCCCUAUAUGGGCCUCGGCGCCGACCUGAAGGCCCGGACGAGCCCCAUCGUCGAGAUGGGCUUUCCGGACCUCACCUCGGGGCCGCGGUAUACACCCAUCUGGGACAAGAACUGGUUCAAGUUCAAUCUGAGCAAAGACGAGCAGGAUUACGCUAGGUUCGGCACCAAGCUUCUUUGGGGAACCAAGGAGCUUCGUUUCGAUUGGUUCGGCAAGCUGGGCAACGGGUCGCAGAUCGCGAACGGGCAGUACAAGAUCCGCCUCGCCGUGCUGAAGCCGUUUGGGAACCCGCACGCGUCGGACAACUGGGACGUCAUGCCGGCGCCAGUUGUCGAGGGCAGGGGUAGGUACUGAUGUGACGCACAGAUUCUGGCGGCUUCGUAGCUACGAAUGCAAAUGAUGAAGAAUUAGCCUACUCCAAGAACGCCGUCCCCCAUCAGCUCCUUAAAACAAGGGUGCCGUCCAAUCCAAACCUGCAACAUCACCAAGCUCCCUCUUCUUCGCCCUCAGGCUUCCAAGCACCUCCUUGCAUGACAUGUGGCCAUUCUCUUCUGCCAGUUCC